UAAAAUAAACAGGGAGAGAGGAGAGAGAGCAUCAUCUUGUCAGAUAAAACAAAAGAGAACAGCAGUAAGUAGCAGUAAGAGAAGAACAAGGAAGAGGAAGAAACUAUGGCUGCAACCUUAUUGUUUGCAUGCAACUCAAAUGUAAACCAUGGCUGUAGAAAUGAUAAUCCCUCGCUGCCGAAACCAUUCGUGGGUGGUGGACACAGAAUCCUGGAUCAAACCAUUGCAAAUAGGAACCAAAGCCAUUAUAACUCUCAAAAAAACAAGUCAUCUCGCAGGUUUUCUGUUUCUGCUGUCACUGAAGGUUCCGCGAAAUCAAGCAAGUCCGAAGAAAAAAUCCCCCCUUGGGCUAGGCCAGAUUCGGAUGAGCCCCCUCCUUGGGCCCAGGGUGAAGGCAAGAAUGAUGGUUCACAGGAGGGAUUUGAGAUUCCCUUUUAUGUUUAUCUACUUGCCUCAGCCGUGACUGCAAUUGCUGCUAUAGGUUCUGUUUUUGAGUAUGCGAACCAGAAGCCAGUCUUUGGACUCUUGAACUCGGACAGCAUAUUUUAUGCUCCAGUGCUUGGAUUUUUUGUAUUUACAGGCAUUCCCUCUGCUGCAUUCCUGUGGUUCAAAUCUGUCAAAGCUGCUAACAAGGAAGCUGAGGAGCAAGACAAGAGGGAUGGCUAUCGAUAGGGUACAAAUACACCUUCAAAUGCAUUAAUCGCCAUAUGUAUUUUUUCUUUCCUUAAUACCAUGUUAUGGUCUUAGUUCUUUGGUUUUGCUUACUGAUUGUUAAUUACAAUCCACCCGGGGACUUUGUGCUUAUGGCGAUUCAUCAAAUUUUUACCAUCACAUAUAGGAUUUAACGCAGUGCAUUGUUUUCCUGGCCCUUCAGCAUCGAAUAUCUCGGUGAGCUCCAUGUAUGCAAUCAUGAUAAACCAGUGAAUCAUGUCAUUUGUAGUUGUAAUUACCUGCAAACAAAUAAUUUUAUGUAUGAAGGUAUAUGUAA